AUGUCGGGAAAUGAAAGUUCUUUGUGGCUACAUUCACAACGACUGAUCGACGACAUCUAUAGAAAGGAAGAGGGAUUGCCUACGCUGUCACUAGGUGUAAAAUGGCGAAAGCUCUUCGCGGCUACGGUUCUUGAGGUCCCUGCACUGGUUUUCAUCCUUGGAGAUUUAUGGUGA